AUGGCGCGCGUGCUGUCGCGCGCCGUGCCUGUGACCCGACCAAUGGCAAUGGUCAGUCGGUUGCAGGCGCGAUGCUUUGCCCAUCCUGUCAACUACCACCUGAUGCGAGACAGCGAUGAUAUGGCUCCUGCAUCCGAGAUGCCCAUGUACAAGAAUGAGUUCAUCCUCAAGACUCCCAAAGAGCAUGCAGAGGACAUGGCAAAGGCUGUGAAGCCGCCGGUUGUCCACGACACGGCAGAUCUGGUUCCCACAUCAGGUGAUCCUCAUCAGUUUUAUGGCCAGGGCGAGUACACUUACUGGCACUACGACACUGUCCGCGAGCCAACGUUCCCUCGGAAGACGGGCCUGACAUCGCCAAGGGAGAGCUUGCAGCCGGUGCCACUGCACACCCAGCUGCGAUUGUCUGCCAACCCCGGCCCAUCCAACGGAGGGCUGCACGGAGGGCCUCGACGCCUGGGCCCAUACUUCACGAAGGUCCCGCUCUACAAAAUGGACCCGACCGACGCGGAGCUGGCGGCGAUAGCAGACCUACCGGGAGUGUUCACUUGGGCAGGAGUGACAGGGGCCCUGGAGCGAGCACUGCGGGCGGCCUUGGGCGACCCAGCUCGCGUGCGAGAGCUAGCCCUCGUCCCUAGAGCUGCCUGGGACACCAUGGUGAGCACCUUGCGAGUGGCGGGACCAGCCGACGCCGACGGCAAUCCAGGCCCGCCCCGGGACUUGACCUUGGUAGAAAGAGCCCUGGUCGAGUCGAGCCGCCGAGUGGCUUUGCUGCGCAUGGGCAUCCCCCCAGACGUCCCAGGGGGAACAAGCCCGCCAGCACCAGCUCCGACAACAGGGCCGGCACCCACGGGGAGCACACCGGCGACAGGAGCGAGGAGGCUGAAGUUGUCGUCCAUCCUCGACCCCACCUUGGACGCCGAGGUCUCGCCACUGGGCGCAGCCGAGCUGCAACAGCUCUACAAGGACUACAAGGCCAAGUUCGGCGACUACCCCAGCCCGGAUGCCGAUCCCUCCUCGGAUCAAGUGGCGUCGCUGCGCCAGGUGGUGGCCGCGGGAGCUGCACCUUACGCAGAUUUCUCGCUGUUCGGGCCUCACGGCCUGCGCCUCCUUCGCAAGCAGACGUUCACGAGCUACACUCUGAACGUGGCCACGGGCGAGUGGUCCAAGAAGGAGCAGCCGGGCCCCUCGAGCUACCACACGUGGAUGGAAGCUUGGAAGGUGUUCCGCACCACGCUCCUCUUGCUGGAGAUCGCCGACGCGGAGCGGCUGGACGCCUACGCGGAGCACGUCAGGUCAUAUGUCACCCAGUUCUCCGAUAACUGCUGGUGGCUGAUCUACAGGGCGGAGAACCGCCUUCGCUGUGAACACCUCGAACGCAUCCGGCGGACCUUGACGGACCGCCCGGAGUUCGGGUUCACUAGCGCACGGCCCUGGAACGCGUGCUUUGCUGCGGCCGUCCGUGACAGCGACUUCUGGACGAGAGAGCUGAUCACGCCCGCGACCCUUUGGUUGUCUCAGAGGCAGCCAGGUAGCGGGAGCGACGGCAGCGGCGGCGGCGGCGCGGGCACGGGGCAGCUCAAAGGUCGAGCCGGGCAAGGAAGUGGGGCCGAUGAUGGCUCCCCUAAGAAGAAGCAAAAGAAGGGGCGCUAUGACGGGGAGGACAAGAGUGAGAAGAAGACAGCGGCGGCUCCGCCUGGCACUUCUCAUGGGGGUCGGUACGUCAAGCCGACGCCGAAGCGGAAAGCAGGGCCGGCAGACGACGCGAACCAGCAGCUUGUGGACAAGACGGCGCAGUCCAAGGCAUCGGGCACCCGACCCUCCGAGCCGCGUCAGCCUCCAGCGCAGAAGCCACCGACGCCGCCACGGGCCAGGCCGGCGAUCAAGCGCAAGAGGCCCGAUGCCACCCAGCCGGCCACUUCCUCCACAGCCGACGGAAGCCCGAAGGCCAAGGUGAAGAGGCACGCAGCGGCGGCAGCCACGGGCAACAGAACGAAGGGUGCGAGCGGCAAGCUGGCCAGCACCCAAAGCCUCCUGCUGGUUCCCCCGCUGGAGACGGCGUGGCCCGACUACCAGCCACUUGUCCGGGGCCCACGGCCGUAUGGGAUGUGGAUGGAGCAGCCCGCCGACACCUUUGUGGAGAGGCCUUGGGCACUCGUCCUUUUCAGUGGCCGGCGCCGCAAAGGAGACCUCCCCAACUGGCUGGUGCACUAUGGCUUCAUGGUGUGCUGUGUCGACAGGGACUCCUCGCCGUCAUGCGACGUCCUCGACGAAAGUCAGUGGAACUUAGUCGAACGAGACAUCAUUGACGGGCACUUCUCGGUGGUGUGGGCUGGCACACCUUGCGGCACCUUCAGCCCUCUGAGGGAGGUCCGCCCUGGACCCCGCCCGCUCCGCACGGUUGAGCACAUAGAGGGCAAGCCGGACCUCAGCCCGUCGGAGAAGACACAGGUCAAAGAGGCCAACGUGCUGGUGGAACGCACGCAUGAUGCACUGGUGGCGGCCUGGGACCAAAAGCUCACCUGGGGCUUGGAGAACCCGGCCCACGGCGAGGACAAACCGGAACUGUGGCAGAUGCCGCUUAUCCGCCAACUCGCGGGCCUCGAUCGGGUCGCCAUCGCAGCGUUUGACCAGUGCAAGCUCGGCCUGGACACGGUGAAGCCCACCAAGAUCCUCUACAGCAGCAACGCCAGUGGCUUUGAAGUUCUGGACGGGCUUCGGUGUGAUCACCCUCCAGGGUCCCAUGGCAGCACCGCCGGGAAGAAGGAGAGGGGCCCGGCCGGCUCCAAGCAGUGGGCCUCCAAGCGCCAAGGCGAAUACACGCCCCACCUCUCCCAGAUCAUCGCUCAUUCUCUGUACCAGGGCUUCCGCGUCAGGGCCCUGGCGGCGAAGGGCCCGAGGACGGAGAGGGACAGGGAGAACAGCCAGGCCUUGGGCGGCAUGCGAAACCCCCGCCGUUCACUCCGCAGGCUGCCCAAGUCGAGAAGGGUGGGUCGGGCCAUCCACAAGCUGCUCCGAAGCUCCAUGCAGCAGUGGCCCGAGCUGGUCGAACCUGCGCUCGCCAUCCUGGAGGGGAGGAAGCCGGAGGAGUUCGACAUGGAUGUGAUCGGCAAGAUCCGGGCAGCAGUGCUCACAACAUUGGGGGCCGACGCGCGGGCCACGACACGCGAACGCACGGCCCCAGCGAGCACGCCACUUCGGGCCGAGAUCUUUGAGGCCUGGGGCAAAGCCACAGACGACCCGGACUCGGCAACACUUGCCGGCUGGCUCGACCACGGGGCGCCCCUUGGCUUGACGGAGGAUAUCCCUUCCACCGGGGUCUUCCCACCGGUGGUGCCUCGGGACCUAAAGCCCCACGAGAAGCUCGACCGCAGGGCUCUCGAGGGCUGGUCCAACUACAAGUCGGCCGAGGAGGAGGCACACGUGCUGGACGAGCUCAUCACCGACUACGAGAGAAGAGGGUUCUGCACGGUGGUUUCCACCCUGGAGGAAGCCAUCGAGAUCCUGGGCGGCCCGCCUGUCCUCAACCGACUCGGCGUCUUGGUGAAAGAAAAGAAGGACGCACAGGGCAACCUGGUGCGAAAGGCCCGGGUCAUUUGGGACCUGAAAGAGUCACAGGUGAACAAGGCGUGCAACCAGGGGGAAAGGAUUAUCCUCCCUAGGCUUCUGGACGUGGUGGCCUCCCUCUUGGCUGCCUAUCGGAGGGGCCGGCCACCCUUCCUGGCGUGCAUCGACAUCCGGGACGCCUUCAUGAAUAUACCAGCCGGGAAGGACCGGCGCUUUACGGUGGCGGCCGUCCCUCGGAAGCGGAACCGAGGCAAGAUGCACAAGCUGGUGCUCUUUAACACGUUGGUGUUUGGAUCGGCGUCCUCACCAACCGUGUGGGGACGCGCCGCAGCGUGGCUUGGAAGAACGACGGCAGCCACGGGGCCAGCCGACACCCAGGUGUACGUCGAUGAUCCGGUCUUCGUGCUGGACGGGCCGCACUUGAAGGUCGCCGCCUCAGACCUGACGGUAGCCCUGCUUUGGGCCGCCGUUUCAGGCUACCCCGUCAAGCUUUCGAAAGCCUGUGGUGGCAAAGACUUGGAAUGGGUGGGCGCGAGGAUCCGGUGCGUCGACGCGGAGGAGGCAGUGAUCGUGACCCUGCCGGCCUCCAAAAUUCAGGCCCUCCUGCAAGACACCGACAAGUUCCUGGGCCGAUCAGUGGUGGGAUCAAGGGAGCUACGCUCCUUCACGGGGGCUCUCUCCUUCGUUGCGGGCCUGGUGCCGCACUUGCGGCCGUUCCUGGCUACCUUCUGGGCGGUUUUGACCAGGCAUGAUGUGACGGGUGAAGGUCGGCAUACUUUGUCGACCCGAAGGCUCAUACAUGUCAGGCGGAUCCGCCCGGCACUCUGCUGGGUUCGGGCGCUACUAGCCGGAGGCCCCACCAUCGAGAAGAUCUUCUACGCCAACCCGCCCAAGGUCGACCUGGAGAUCGUCACCGACGCUUGCCCAUGGGGGAUGGGAGGAAUAAGGAGAGAAGGGGGGCGUCCCACGGCCUACUUCUACCUCCACAUCCCAGACGUCGUCCUCCGGAAAUUCGGGGCGGAGCGGGGCCUGCCGAAAUACAACACGCUGUGGGAAGGACUGGCCCUUCUGGUCGCCUUCCGCUUGUGGCUGCCCUCCCUCGUUCACGGCGCCACGUUUCGGGCCAAGUCGGACAACCUCGGGUUCCUCAUGGCACUUGCCAAGGGAAGCGCAAGGUCUGCGGACCUCAAUGUGCUUGCUCGGGAGUUUGCCUUCGACCAGGCGACGCGGGCCUACCACGUGAACGGUUUGGUCCACAUCCCCGGCGUCACGAAUGUGCAGGCGGACGCCCUUUCUCGCCAGUUCGCUCCUGAGGCAAAACGCUUCCCAAAGGAGCUUCUGGAGGUUCCUCGUGACGAGGUCCUCAUCAACGAUCACUUCUGGCAAUGGGUGGCUUGGUCAGUGUGGGCAGGGCUCGAGCCUUACCCCCUAACACCCGACGGAAUGUACGUCGUCAUGGGUGGUCUCAAAGAGGCAGGCUACCGUUCAGCGAUGCAAUACCUGGACCUUGCCAAGCAAGAACACGUCCAGAAAGGACACCCGUGGACGGACCAGUUGGCCUUAGCGUAUCGGGUUUGCUCGCGCUCCUGCAAGCGAGGGCUUGGUCCAGCCAAACAGGCGGCGGCCCUCCCGCUCGACAAGCUGGCCGGGUUAGACCAGUCACGCUGUCAAGUCCCCUCGGGACCGGCGAGGCCAGUCACCUCCACUAUAGUGGCGUCCUGGUGGCUCUUACGCGAGCUGGAAGCGUCCCGCGCCAAGGUUCGGCACAUUACCCUGGACUUCGGGGCGAAAGUAGCCGCAUGGUUGCUACCGUCGUCCAAGACGGAUGUUGCAGCGCUUGGGGCCACCCGCAAGCACUCUUGUUCCUGCGCCGUUUUACAUCCAGACCUUUGCCCUUUUCACACCAUAGCGUCUCUGGUGCAGGGAAAGCAACCGGAAGAUCCCGUUUUUGUGGACCUGGAUGGAUGCCCACCAUCAAAGCAUGGGUGGGCCGACACAUUCCAACGAAUCGCAGCUUUGCUGGGGCUCCCGUUGUACCAUCACAACGGAGCUCGGGCUUUCACUGGCCAUACGGCACGCGCUACAGGAGCGCAGUUCCUAGCCUUUAAAGGAAUCGAAAUUUGGCGCAUCCAAAUUUUCGGGAGGUGGGGAAGCGAAGUGAUUCUCCGAUACGUCCGCGAUGCCCCUCUAGCACAACUGAACGAGUUGGCCAUCGAGGCUGGCGACAGGGAAACCUUAGCCAAGAUUCGCAGCGAUCUGGACAGGCUUAUGCGGGAGGUCAGACCGUCACUGGCAAUCCCCGACUCCAGUUGGCACGUUGAGUGCCAGGUUAGGGGCGCGCCGUCGUCAGGCCCGGCGGCCAUCCACACUAGCACGGCCAAGGCCCUCGUCCUCAAUACGGCUCGAGGUGGCAAGCUUCACAAAUGCCUUAGCGAUUUCAGCUCACCCCAGGUGGCGCUGAACCCGAGCUCGUGGCGUACCUGUUGUCUUUGGCCCUUCGCGUCAGGCGACAAAUCCUUUCAAUGGGCGGGCUCCGUCGGAAUCGGAGUCAAGCUCCUCUUCCUCCUCCAACUCGAGCACAAGCUCGAGUGUCAUGCGGGUAUCUUCUGCCCACUUGAGUUUGUCCAAGGGCCCUAUCGGACGAUACCCAUCUUUUGCCCACCCACCCACUCCUGGGUCACUCGCACAGACGUCUGGCACGAUCCGAAGGAGCCUGCCAUCAUCUCUGUUGCCAAGUUCUCACCUGAGAAUUAUCGGCCUGUGGGCUUUGCAGAGAACGCGCCUAUGCCCACCAGCACUGUCCCAGAGGGGGCCCUGGACUUCCGGGCCAACCGUCUCCCGAUCGGGCAUGCCGAUCGCCGACCCUUCAUCUACUUCAUGACGGCGGGUGGUGCCGUGAUUGCCGCCUCCAUGAUCCGCGCCAUGGCUGGGAAGCUGAUCUUGACGCUCUGGCCCGCCAAGGAUGUGUUUGCUGCUGGCAUUGUUGAGGUGGAUCUCAGGCCCAUUCGAGUGGGCCAGAACUUCACAGUCAAGUGGCGCGAAAAGCCGGUCUUCAUCCGCAAGCGCACCCCAGAUCAAAUUACCUCCGCCAAGAAGGAUGAUAUCGUGGCGCCCUCCAUGCGGGAGCCAGCCACUGAUGCCGAGCGUUGCAAGAGGCCCGAGUGGCUGAUCUGCAUCGGUGUCUGCACUCACCUGGGCUGCAUCCCCCAGCCUGAUGCUGGCAACUACGGUGGCUACUUCUGCCCUUGCCACGGUUCUCAUUACGACUAUGCUGGCCGCAUUCGUCAGGGACCUGCACCGAAGAACCUGGAGGUGCCUCCGCAUUCCUUCCUGGACGAGAACACCGUCAAGUUGGGACAGGCAGGUUCAAAUCGUCCGAUAGAGCAGCGACACAACAUCGACUCGUCCCCGCAGCCCCUAGCUUCCCAUGGAGGAGUUGUCUUGGAGCCUCGCAGUGCCUGGGCUCACAUGUCGUUCCAUCUGCCCGUUUUCAGCAGGGUCGAGACGGAGCUGACAGUCCGCGAGCUGGAGCAGGUCAUCCAAAGGUCCGCAGGAUUCUUCCGAUAUCAUGUGCGUAAUUGGCGAGAGAUCGCGGAGUACAUCAGCCAGAACCCGGAGACAGUGAUCCGUGAGCUGGAGUCUUGCUUGCCAAAGAGCAAGAAGGACACCGGCGAUAUCUGUGGGGUUGAGCUCAGAGUGGUGCCUGGAGAUGCCCAGCCACCACCCGACGAGGCACGCGACGUUGGUCGUCUUUGCGGCGAGCGGCGUUUCCACAACGCAGCAAGCCUUGGCAGCGUGUUGUUCGACGAUCCAUGCCUCCGUGCACACGUCCACCGUUUCGCUGAGGCAAGCCUCGAAGCUCCUUUGUCCAAUGCCAAGCUCGAGGCCCGUAGCCGCAAGGACACCUACCUCUUCGAGCUUGACAGAGAGACGAGUUGUCAUCAGUCUGAAAAUUGGCAAAGCAGCAUCGUUCUCCUCUUCAUUCGGAAGAGUUUGCUGAAUGUGAUCGUGACCGUGUGCUUGAAAAGGGCGAAGGACCGGCGAUACCAAGUGAGUUGCACCAGUCUGGGCGGCAAUGUCAUUGAAACGAUCCAGAUGGGAGCUUCGGCUCGCCUGGGGGAGCUACGGGAGCACCUCUGCAAGCGGCUCGUCCUGUCGAGGAACAGAUUGACUCUUCUUGCAGAGGCUGGAACCGUCCUCUCUGUGGAUCGAGAUGGCCAGGCACUCGAAGCUGUGGCGCUCCCUUCUGCCAAGGCUGGGGUGCGGGCCGGUGCGGGUGCAGACAAACGGGUGUGCACCUCGCUGAGCUCAGCGGUGAGCGCCGCAAAUGCAUCAGAGGAGGGUAACGGCAAGUGCUGGGCCGCUCUUCCGCUUGGAAGCUCCAGCCUCUCCGAGGUGCAGACGGCCCUCCAGCAGGGAUCGAAGCAGCUCGCAGUGCUGUUAGUGGCCACACAGAAGCCUGUCUCGCAGCUGGAGGUGCUGCGUGCGAUGGAGUACGGUGGUGUCUAUGUGGCUGCUGGAGAAUUAGAGAGCUCAGGCGCCCUCCUCAACGAGGCUGCUGGCUACACUGAGGGCCCUGCCUUCGUGCUGCUCGCUCCAGCAGAGGCCAUCAAGGGUGACGAGAACUGGACAUCCUUCAGGUACGAUCCCCGCAAGGAAGACAAAGGCUUGCCUGCCUUCUCCACAGACAGCACGCGCGUCCGUCAGGAGAUUCAGGAGACGUUCCGUGCAGUUUGGAGUUGCUACCAUCAGUCUACCAUGUUUUGCGAAGUUUUCAUCGAUUGGCUGCGGUUUUCCGAUGAGUUGCAGCUGGUCUGUGAAGCGUGCUUGGACUUCGCUUGUCGUUGCCUUCUGCCACGGCUGCCGACGGUGGUGAUGCUGCUGCCCUUAGCGAAGGCCGCGGACUGA